AUGACGGAUCGAUUCCCGAAUCUGGCAGCAAAGGUGAGAUUUUUUCUCAAUGACCGAAUGACAACUCUAGUUCAAGUAAUUGGCGAUAAGUACAAAUUCAAGUUAACAUUAAUAAGCACAAAUACAGAACAGGAUGGUGUCAAAGCUUUUGCUUGGAGACCUAGUCUUAAUAUAACAGCUGAAGGUCCCGUUAUUCCUCCCUAUUUGAUCGCCAUGGGCCUCUCAUCUGGCGUCGUCAAAUUGACAAGCCUUCGAGAUGUCGAUCCACUUCAGGAUCACUUUUCUCUCAAUCGGAAGGAAUUAAUUUCACAUUCGAACAAAUUUAGCAUUUUUUUACAUUGGAAUCCAUGGAGGACGAGCCUCUUAGCGCAAGGAAUUGAUCGCGGAAAACAUAAUCGAACGCCCUCAGUUCUUGUUUGGGAUGUCAUUCGAGAAACAUGUGCUAAAGACCAAUCCGAUGCAAAACCCAGCACCGAGUUUUCCAACGCACUUCCUCCCAACUCUCUCUAUAACAUGGGCAAAAUUUCAAGUGAAGUUUCCGCGAAAGGAAAAGACACCCAGUCCUUCUGUGAUCGACCUCUCUGUGAUGCUUGCUUGAAUGAAAACGUAAUUUCUUUUGCUUGGGUCUUGAAAAAUUCCUUCGUUGUUGGUCUCGCAACAAAGCAUAUAAAGCUCUACGAUAUCUCUGAUACGGCUAAAACUAUUCAGAUGACUCAGACUAAAAUGGUGCACGGCUUAACCUCCGAUCCCCUUUUUUCCUCCAGAUUCGCUUCCUUCUCUCAUAAUCAAAUUGCUCUAUGGACUGCUGAAAAUCUCGAGAAACCGAUUUAUGUAUUUACCGCUAAGAAGAUGGUUGUCUGCAUGAAAUGGAGUCCUCUGAGGGAGGGUUGGUUGGGCGUUUUACUUGCUAAUUCAAAGGAUAUAAAGAUCUACAAUACCUUUUUACCCUUCUCACGGCCCAUGGAGGAGUCUGAACAGUUCCUCUUUGAACUGCGAGCUACUACCUCAAAUUGCUCAGAGGAUCAAAGUAAAAGUGCUAUCGAUGAUAGUAUGGAGUCCUUUGUUUCGUUUGCAUGGCAUGGAUCCAUAGUCAACUGUAUUGUCACAAUCGAUCGUAGAGGCUGUCUCAAUGUUGCUAAAGUCAAUGACACUACCGCUCUCACAUGGUCGCCCAACCACACACUGCUGUGGUGCGUUGGCUCUAGUUGGUUGGGAAUUGAUCGCACUGGUCUUUUUUGUGCUCGUGGGUACACUACGUUACCCUCAUCUCUACUUGAAGAUCAAGUUGAUCAUAUAGUAGAGGGCGAAGCUAUCGUCCCUUCUAUUCAUCGACACAUGUUCCCUCAAAAACUGGUAGAUGGAGUUUCCCAGCUUUCUCUCCGUUUAGAUGCUAAUCUCGAUUCGCUCAUGCAGAAAAGAGCUGAUGCAGGUUAUGGUCUUAAUACUGACUCUACUCCCUACUCGGUGAUUUUGGGGGAUGAUCCUAAUCUGAGGAGCCUGUGGAUUAUGAUAGAAUAUCUGCAAGAUUGCAUUGAAGGUUGGGCCCCCUACGGAAAAUGCAAGUCAUUUAUAUUUUCGAAUCAUUUAAAUAUCAGUCAAGAGCCAAAUACUGGUGGUGGUCUGCGUAUUCGCCCAAGUGCUAGCAGUGGUCAAUUGUCGUUCAUGUCUUCUUCCCAGAAUUUACGCUGCACUGGUGCUCUAACAAUUCUGUGUGGAAGCGAUUCCGUUGAUACUGUUCAACUGUCACCUUCUGAGGUCAUUAAACAAGCCGAUUGGCACGGAAUUGAUGCUCGACUUCCGUUCCCUCGAUAUGUUAGUCGUGAGAGAUUCCGAGUGCUUCGAAUGUGUAUGUGGCCACUGGAUGCGCCUCAAGAUGUACAGCGAAAGAUUCUUGAGAGUAUCUGCUCCGAUUUGGAAUUUGAGCGGGCUGCUGCGAUGGCCCUUAUAAAUUUACAAUUUGACUGGACUCUUAGCUUUUUGUCACGGGCUUCUGAACAUCGUCGAGCGAAAGAGGCAGAGGUACCGACCUCUCCUGAAUCUCACUCGACUGGUGAACUCACGUCGGCUGAAACAGAUCUUGUAAAACUUGCCAUCUCGGGUUUCUCGGACACACAGAAUGAUGUUUGGGGGAGUGGUUGUGCUGAUAUUCUCUCACGUCUCAGUAAUCCCUAUCUUCGACUCAUCUUCAAGUUUCUUACCACCGCACGCGGUGACUUUAAUAUCUCCCCGGACUUUAGUGAAAUUUUGGAGAAUGAAAGCCUCUUUCUUAUUGAUCGUCUAACAUUCGCCUGCCUCUACCUCAGCGAUGAAAAACUUCAAGACUACGUUCUCUCUAUCACCAAUCGAAUGGUACUGGAAGGUCGGCUAGAGGGCAUUCUUCUCACCGGUCUCUCCACGCCCCACUUCUUCGAUCUCUUGCAAAAUUACGUCGAUCUCACCUUCGAUGUUCAGACAGCUGCCAUUUUGGGUCUCCAUUCCUGCUACCUAUGUCGACGAGCUGCCCCACCUCCCUCUAUCAAUCCCCCACAACCCACUCCCUUUCUCAACACCCCCGGUAGCCGGUCUAGUACUUCCUCUUCAACUAAUCAGAACCGACUCCGGUUCAGAAGUAUGAGGGAAGCCGCUGUGAUGGCAGCUGGUGCUAGUAGCAGUCGAAUGAAUCUAACUGCCAGCUCCUCGAGUACAAGCUUGACGCAACCGGCGGAUCAACUAGUGGCAAAUAUGGGAGGUAGACGUCUGGCUAAUUGGGUGGAAACGUAUCGCGACAUGUUGGAUCGCUGGCGAAUGUGGUUCUAUCGCGUGGACUUUGAUAACCACUACAAGACCCGCUUGAUUACUCCACUCCUGGGUUGUGGAGUGAAGGCUACUGCGAUUUCAAGCUCUUCAGGAAAUAGUUCAAGCGGUGGACCAACAGCUAGCACUGUCAGUCCUAGUGCAACGACGAAGGAGGCCUCCGUCUCUGUGCCUGUUCUCAACAAGUCCAUUCCCACGAAUACACCCGUGAGGGGUAUUGGUCUGCCAGCCGGUUCUAGUCAGAUAUUUGCUUCUUGUAUCUACUGUGGAUGGCGUUUGGGCGGUGUUGUCCGAAGUAGUACUGAGGAUGCCUCAUCCAACGCUUCUUUGGCCACCGCUCAGUACCCCCAAUCCACUUUCACUCCUACUUUUGGCAAUCCACCACCAACAGGAAUCGGAUCCGCAACUUCAUCAGCCGCAGCUGCAGUGGCAGCCGCCGGAGCAAGUGGAGGCUCAACUACAAUGCACGCCGGUGGUGGCAAGCAAACAAUCUGCUGGCAUUGUCUCAAGCCCUUGCCUCGUUGUUCCAUCUGUCUCAUGCACAUGGGCUCGGAUGUUGGUGGCAGUGGCAACUUGAGAGAUGAAGUAGGGGUGAGGCAAUCAGCGAGUAAUGGACACCACCAUAAGAGGAGUGACAUGAUUGGCUCAAAUAACGCUGUUGGUGGGCCGGCCCUGAUGAAGAUGGCUGUUGGUCCUACGGUGGGAACUCCUGUUGUUAAGAUGACAAGAAUUGGUGUCACUAAAGGUAAGAAGCAGGAGAUCCCGGGUAGUAGUAAUGAUGCAAGUCGUGGUGGUCCAUUGCACCUUUCUUCUUGGUUUGUCUGGUGUCAAGCCUGUCGUCACGGUGGUCACGCCGGCCACAUAUUCAACUGGUUCUACGGCGGUGGCAAAACCAGCGGUGGAGGUUUCGGUGGAGAUUUUCCCCUGCCAUCGGACCUCAUUGAGUGCCCAGUAAACGGGUGCUCUUGCCAUUGUGCCAGUCUAGACGCCACCAUUCCAUCACCUAGGCGUCCUCCGUCCCCACCUCCUGAGUUCCUUUCAGCAGACGCAGGUGCCGUCAGUUUAAUCACCCGAAUGCGAGAUCUUAAAUUUUUUGAGGCUGUUGAAGAUGAUUCCGAGCAAGAGGAAUCUGAGGGGUUUAGUGGUGACCCUCCUCCCGCUUUUAAAAGCAUGAAUGCACCACAGCAGACACAAUCAGUAAUAAAUGGACAUCAUCGUCAACCUACUGGAACCAAUCCGAGAAAUCGUCGAGAGAUUGUAGAUCCUGUUCUUUUGAUGCCAUCGAUGAACUACUUAAAUGGAAGAGGGAUAGCGGAGGAUUAA